UUCAACCGCGACCGUUGAAUGUUUUAUUUUGUAAUAUUCGUCUUAUUUAAUAUUUGAGCGAUAUAACUGAAUUACACAAAUAUGAGUUGCUUAACUGAUAUAAGUGAUGAUGAAUUCGUGCCGUUCCUUCAUAGUUUACAAGUGGAUACAUUCAAGAAAUCAUUUGAAUGGAUGUUGAAUGAUCCCGCAUUUGCUGGAGUUUUGAGGUGGCUGUACAAGAAUUUGGAUAAUAACAAUGUCUUGAGUCGAGGAGAACUGCACAGAUAUACAGCUAUUGAAAAAAAAGGCCUACUCCUCACUCCUGAAGACUUAGAGGUAUCUAUUAAUUCUAUAUUGGAAGAAUUUCCUGGUAUCUGUUUACCAGGAGAUAAUGAGAGUAAAGAAGAUGUCAAAAUGGACAUUGAUAUGCAGAUAGAGAGACUAAACUUAUUGGAAAAACAAAUUGUAGUUGUUGAAGAGUUGGUGAAGCAAAAUGAGAUUACAAAAGAAGAACUUAGUUUGGAAGUGACCAAGCUUCAUGCUGUUGAGCAGCAGUGUACAGAAGAUGAGUCCUCAGCUGCUGAGGAGUGUCUUCAGUUGUCCGAGGAGGUGGAGAAUAUGACUGAAGGUGUGAUUGACACAAUAGCAGAUUCAUUAGAAUUGUACAGCAAUUGUCAUAUGGAUAAGGAUGUAGCCCGGAAGUUUUUCACGUUCGGUCCAUUUGAAUCAUAUAGACAGUCGCAAGCAUUGUUCAGAUCGCAUUUCGAUAUAUACACUUCUAAGAAGUUUAACAAAAAGCAAAAGAAUGCGAUCACAGAUGAAGAUAUACAAAUAGCCUUAACAGAAGCUAAGAGUAUGGAACAGAAACUUAUAGCGGCGACGCAGUUUUACAUUGACACGAAGGCUGAACUUGCAGGCGAACAAGCGAAAUUAGCUCUUAUCGCUAACUACAAUAAUGUUCAUCGUAGCCAAGUAAACUCGGCCAUAGUGGAAGCACAAAGUGCCAUAGACUUGCUGUUACAAGAGGAAUCAAUACUGGACCAGCAGAUACCGGAGGCCAUCAAUUAUUUCGCGAAGUCCCGGACUCGACUCGUCCUAGAAACCGCAGCGCAAUCCGCGCUGGCUGUCAGAGAACAAAUCCACAAUGAUAUAACAUACUUAUUGGAGACGACGCAGCAAGCUUUGUCGUUGGACCGGCUUCUAUACUGCGCACUGAGAUACGAGCUUCGAACUCUGGAAGAACUACUGCAGUUUUCUGCCCAACUGCGACAGUAUGUCGUUAGCGAAGGCGAAGCUAUUGCUACUAGGAUUGAGUCAAUGACCAGUAUACGUGAAGAGCAAGAAGCUUGCGAAAGAAAACUUGAGACAUCAGAUGUACUUCUCGACACGCUGUGCAAAAUAUUGGGUGUACAGUCAACCACAGAUGCACUGUUACUUGUUAAAGCGUACAGUGAGAUAUAUAGGAGUAUUGUAGAGCUGAAAGAUAAUAUUAACGAACGUUUUGAAGAUAAAGAGGCUGCUUUGCUCGAAUUUAAAUCAUCAACGAGACAAAUCCGUGAAUACAUUUGGAAUGGUUGUACCAAACAACCACACUGUCAGGAUACCCUGGUCGCCUCGUUGAUGCACCAACUCGAGCAGAAGAUGGACCAGGUCAACCAGAUGGUGGCUGAUGCUAGCAAGGCUUUCACCUCUGUUAAGAACGGAGACAAGAACCAGAUGAGGAAGUUAUGGCAAUGGUUCCUAGCAGACCCCAAUAAGCUGUUAACAGCAUUAGGAUUCUCCAAUGUCAAGAGCUGAUAACUAACAAGUUAUAAGUUGUUUUUCGUAUAGUCAACUUUUUUUCUCUAUUUAUUUAGGAGCUUAGGAUGACAACAGUGAGAAUGUUAGCUCCGUUUUGAUUUUUAAAUUAAUUACAUAUUUUAUAUUUAAAAUACAUCUCGACUACUCUAAAUACAAAUAUUACACUUUUAUCCACAAAUUUAAAAUUUCUGAUUAAAUUCUUAGUGAGUUAAUAAGUUACUAAGUAUUUUAUAAGUUAGUAAGUUAGUUAAGUUACUUAGAAAGUUAUCAACUCUUGAUGUCUCAAAAUGUAUAGUAAUAUUUUUUAAUACAACAGCAAUAAUAAAAAGUUAA